UGUAGUUUACAAGACAUGGAGCAUAUGUCAACAGUGGAGCUGCGGAGGCGGGUGGUGGGAUUAGGCAUCGACGCACGCGCCACAUCCCAUUUACACCAGCUGUGCUCGAAGCACGCGCGCACUCUGAGUCCAGCAGGCAGAGAGACAACAGGAGACAGGAUGGCAUCUCUGGGGCUCAAGGCGAUUGUCGGAGAAAAGAUUAUGAAUGAUGUCAUUAAGAAGUUGAAGAAGAGGGGAGAAUGGAAGGUUUUGGUGGUGGACAAGCUUAGCAUGAGGAUGAUCUCAUCAUGCUGUAAAAUGACAGACAUUAUGUCUGAGGGAAUCACAAUUGUUGAGGAUAUAACCAAGCGGCGUGAGCCUCUUCCUACCAUGGAAGCUAUAUAUCUCAUCACUCCAUCUGAUGAGUCCGUCGAGGGACUCAUCAAUGACUUCAGAGAUCCCCGUAAUCCAAUAUACAGAGGGGCACAUGUGUUCUUCACAGACACAAUCCCAGACUCUUUGUUCAACUUGAUAAGUAAAUCCCGUGCCUCUAAAGUCAUGAAGACACUGACUGAGAUUAACAUCGCCUUCCUGCCCUAUGAAUCACAGGUGUUCUCAAUGGACAGACCAGAUGCCUUCCAGGAUUUCUACAGCCCGUUUAAAGCUGAUGUAAAGAACCAGGUGUUGGAGCGUUUAGCCGAGCAAAUAGCCACCUUGUGCGCCACACUGAAAGAGUACCCAGCUGUAAGAUACAGAGGAGAGUACAAAGACAAUGCAGUCCUGGCCCAAAUGCUUCAGGAUAAACUGGACGGUUACAAAGCGGAUGACCCCACUUUGGGAGAGGGACCUGAUAAAGCACGUUCGCAGCUAUUGAUUCUGGAUCGAGGUUUUGACCCUGUCUCUCCACUUCUACACGAGCUCACAUUUCAGGCCAUGGCAUAUGACCUGCUGCCCAUUGAGAAUGAUGUCUACAAGUAUGUGCGUGGAAUGGGUGACACUCGUAUGAAAGAGGUGCUGUUGGAUGAAGAUGAUGACCUGUGGAUGACUCUGAGACAUAAACACAUAGCAGAGGUGUCCACGGCUGUGACUAAAUCGCUUAAGGACUUCUCUGCAAGCAAAAAGAUGAACACAGGAGAGAAGACCACCAUGAAAGAGCUCGCCCAAAUGCUUAAAAAGAUGCCACAGUACCAGAAAGAGUUAAGCAAGUAUUCAACUCAUCUGCACUUAGCAGAAGACUGUAUGAAGCAUUACCAGGGUACAGUGGACAAACUGUGCCGUGUCGAACAGGAUCUAGCUAUGGGCACAGAUGCAGAGGGUGAGAAGAUCAAAGAUCCCAUGAGAGCCAUCGUACCCGUCCUACUGGAUGCCAACAUUACCAUCAUGGACAAAAUCCGUAUCAUCCUGCUCUAUAUCUUUCUCAAGAAUGGUGUGUCAGAGGAGAAUCUCUGUAAGCUGCUCCAGCAUGCUCAGAUCCCUCCAGAGGACAGUGACAUCAUCUCUAAUAUGGCCCAUAUGGGGGUUCCCAUCAUUUCAGAGCAAGUAACCACACGUAAAGGGAAGAAACCUGACCGUAAGGAAAGAAUCAGUGAGCAAACGUACCAGCUCUCCCGAUGGACUCCUUUGGUCAAAGACAUCAUGGAGGACGCCAUUGAAGACAAACUCGACCCAAAACAGUACCCUUACAUCUCCACACGCACAGCAUCCUCAAAGACAACCACGGCUACCAGUGCACGUUAUGGGAACUGGCAUAAGAACAAGAGUCCAGGAGAGAUCCGUAAUGGCCCACGCAUCAUUGUCUUCAUCAUUGGGGGUGUGACCUACAGCGAAAUGCGCUGCGUCUAUGAGGUCACGCAGGCCAACGGCAAAUGGGAAGCUCUCAUCGGCUCCACCCACACCAUCACUCCCAUUAAAUACCUAAAGCAUCUCCAGCACCAAGACUUUCUGGACCCCAAUGCAGCCCCCGAGGACCAGCUUCCUGCAGAAGAUGAGUGAUGAAAGACAUGAAAAAGGUCAGACCUUUUUAAUUGCAAAUUGAUUAAAUUGACAUUUUAAAAAAAAAAGGCGUUUUAAUGCUUUAAUAUAAAAAAAUCUACUGACCUUUUUAUCAUCAUAUAUAACACAUUUAAUAAAGAGACGUGUAGAUAUUUUCAUUCACUGUAACAUCAAUCAAAUUUGUCUCACUUUCUCCUUUGAUUGCCCUGCCUCACUAUUCUGAUGUCAUCAAUGACAUGAUCCAACUAGACGACUGUUAAAACAGAAUCUUUCUGCUAUCACACACCCAUACAAAGUUUCCUCAGCUAAUUUUAGGCAGUCUGUCUCCCUUCAGCACUUCCCUUCUCAGCAAUAGGCUAUAGUGAAGUGUAUUAUUACUAUUACAUAUAUAACCUCUGUUACAUUCAGUAUCAAUAUUAGCCUCAGAUUAUACACAAAAGAUCAUUAACAAAAAACAAGGAAUUAUUUAGUUGUCAGUGUCAUUCAGCAUUGUUGGUAAUAUGGAACCAAUUGACUUGAGUGUAAUUCAUACUGUAGAUAAAUAAAACAAAAAUAGCAGAUUAUUUGAAUACUCUCAAUGUCUAGCAUAGCAGAACAAAAGAAACUCCAGUUUCCUCUUCUGUAAAGUUAUUUUGAAUUCAAUCAGUAGUUUGGCCUGCUAUGCAGCGUCUGCCAAGCAUGAUUGUGUCUGUUGUGUGCUAAUGUCACUACUGGACAUCCCUUUGUGAAUAUCAGCUGCUUUGUGUUGUUUUAAUCCUGUGGUUUGGAAAUAAGAGUUAGUCUUUUAUAUAGACUUUGUUAAUAUAGUAAAGCCUCAUUUGUUGACUUUCUAUUUUUGUUUUACAUCUUCAGCACUGAAUGACCGUUCCCUUGUGUAGUAAUGUGGUAUGAUUGCUUCUUAUGUUGUAAUCUUUUAUUUAUUUACACUAAGAACACAAUUUCAUGCAGUGUAAAUAUACAAUCUAUAUGCCAUAUUUAAAUAUAUGUAACAUGUUAUCAUAUCAGAGGUUAUGAAGUGCAAACUAUUGUCUUGUGCAUAUAGUAAAAUAAACUGGCUUCUGUUAAACAUC